UCAGUCCGCCAGCGAUAAACGUACACCUACGACGUCUCGUCCGACAUGCUGCGCGCUUAACUUACCGCUGAAAAUCCUCAGCCUAAUGAAUCUUUGCCUGUUACCAACAAACCACAAAUGUCAGCCGUCACCGCACGAGGAGCGGCGAUUUUAUCACAUCUUAGAAAAUGACUGAAGGUCCUCCGUACCGACAUGAGAAGCCGAUGUGUGUACGCAUAUGGCUGGAAGUGGGACACGCGUGUGAGCCGCGGCGCUCGGUUUCGGGGCGCGCGCUCGCGCUCGACUGGCGCGUGUGGGUGCGCGGCGCGCGCGGGGACAUCAGCGCCUUCGUGCACAAAGUCGUAUUCAAACUACACCCACCCAGCGCGUUUGUUUACCCCAAACGAGUUCUUCAAGAACCGCCGUAUGAAAUCCAAGAAUCCGGCUGUUCUUCGAUAGAUAUACCGAUCCACGUGUACCUGAAAUUCGCGAAAAAGCCAAAGAAAAUCUGUCUCAGAUAUAGUCUACGUAUCGAGAAUAAUAACAAGGCGAGCUCGGAGUCGAGGUGCGUCUAUUACGAUUUUGAGAAUCCGUCGGAAACGUUGUGCAGUGCCUUGAUGAAAGGCGGAGGUGAAGUGAUCGGCAGAACCGGAAAUGUGGAUAGCUCGGGUAAACUAGUAGUCGUCCUUUCGGAAAACCGUUCUAAAGAUCAGAAGGCGAUGAAAACAAAACGUUACAAAUUCAUCGAACCAGUUCGUUGUAAACAUCGAGCGAAGACCUUAUCAAAAUCGUGCAUACUAGAUGAGAUUUGUUCUAAAUGCGGCGAGUUGAUAAAUUCUGACAUCAGAAAGCAAUUACGCGCAGUGGCCAUGACCGAGGACGAGAUAAACCACGUGUCACAGUUAUAUAUAUCGUACAGUGGCUACGAGAAAUCAGUGAACGCUUUGGUACUGCCCCCGCUCUCAGAUCCUAUAUACAGGGUACCAGAGUUGCCUGCGUCGUUGCGAGGUGCACUCACUAGUGUAGAAGCGGACUACGCGAUGCAAUAACGUGCCUUCUAAUUAGUCAUUUAUAGUUUAAUUUUAGUUUAACAAACGUGGAGUGGACUGCGCAUUUUAACAAGCACUAAUUAUAUACAGGAACAAAUUGUUAAUAAGUUAGGUAGGAGGUAGGUAAUGUUUUGUCUCUCAGUGAAGUUAAUUUAGGGUUACUGAAAUUUUCUUGAAUUUUUGUUUUGUAUUUAUAUGUUUUCUUGUUGUUUAAUUUGUGCUUUUUCAUUGUUCGUUUCAAAUAUUUAUUAGAUAAGGUUGAAUAAUUAGUUAGUAAGUCAUAUAAGACACAAUUUGCUUCAAUUGCAUAAAACAAAGGUAAUUAAUUAUAGUGAUCGAUGUCUCGUGGUUUGUUACGAACAAAUUGUCAGUAAGUGAAUUGCGCAGUCCACUUUAUUUAUAUUUAUUCAAUACAAUAUUAAUAAAAUAAGCUGUGCCAUGAGACUGUUACGUGUUCUUCUUAUUAUCGAGUAAGAAGUUAUUUUUAUUAUAUUUUAUAGCGUAUUGACUUGAAAUUCAUAUAAAAGAGAAUAUUGUAGUAAAAGAUAUUUAUAUACAAUGUUACAUACAAUUUAAAUUAUAUUUAUUAGUUAUCUCGUUCAUUACAUACAACUAAUAAUUAUGUUUACAUUGUUUGACUUGAGUAAAUGUGCUGUGAACAAGAUCUCAAAAGUCAAUGUUGUUAUGGAAUCUAUAGGUUUAUUAGGAUUUAAAUUGUAUAACACCUUUAAUCUUAGUAUUAAUUUUUUUUAAAUAGUAAUUAGCAGUGUUACCAUACUUCUGCCAGAUAUUAAAAUUACUACUUUAUAAUGUCACAUUUUUCUGUUCAAUUUUGUAUUUAACAUUUAUUAACAAACUAAACAUAUACCUAGUUUGAAAUGUUAAAAAAACAACAAUUAUAUACUCAUCAUAGUGUUACUAUGAAUCAGAAUAGGUAUCCAUGAUCGUAGUAAAAAAUAUGAAUGUAACUAUGUUCCUAUUAUAAAUAUUGUGUUACCAUAUUACUAUUUAAAAUUUGUGAAAAGGGUGCUUUUAUAACUAAGUUAAAAAUUAUAAUUUAAGUUAAGUUUAAAGUUUAGUUUCAUUCUUACAUAUACGUAGACUUAUAGAUACGUAUAUUCUUGACAAAAGAAAUGUGAUAAAAGGAAUUUACUUAUUUCUAAGAGUUAUAGUUUUUAUUCUUUUAAGUUUGUUGUGCUGUUUAAUUAUUUUAUGUUGUACUUUUUUUUAAGAAAAAAAAAGUUUA